CUCUUCGUGCUAUCACCAUCAAAAACUAGUGUUUGGAUUUGGUUCAAUAAACUUUUUAGCAGAACUGGUGUUGUGUGGGUUAACCAAGAAUGGAAGAGAAAUACAAAACUCUAAAAAUUGUGGAUAAAGUUCCAAAAUCCGGUGUAUUAUAUCUUAACCUGAAUCGUCCCUUACAACACAACGCCCUAACACACGAUUUCUUCUCUGAAUUCCCCAAAGCCCUUUACGCUCUCGAUCACAACCCUAAUGUCAACGUUAUCGUCUUAUCCGGUGCCGGCAAACACUUCUGCUCCGGCAUCGACCUUUCCCUAUUAAAAUCCACCGCCGAUUCAAAUUCCGUCCCCGGCGGUGAAUCUCUCCGUCGACAGAUCCUCGCGAUGCAAGAGUCCAUCACAGCCUUAGAACGAUGCCGUAAGCCUGUGAUUGCAAGCAUACACGGAGCUUGCAUAGGUGGUGGAAUAGAUAUCAUAACAGCUUGUGAUAUAAGGGUUUGUACAGAGGACGCGUUUUUCUCUGUCAAAGAAGUGGAUUUAGCUUUAGCGGCUGAUCUUGGAACACUUCAGAGGCUUCCCACUAUUGUUGGUUUCGGUAACGCGAUGGAGUUGGCUUUGACGGCGAGGAGAUUCUCCGGCUUAGAGGCUAAGGAGUUAGGUCUUGUUUCUCGUGUUUUCCAUUCCAAAAAUGAUCUUGAUCAAGGAGUUAGGGUUAUUGCUGAAGCAAUUGCUACCAAGUCUCCAAUUGCAGUUACUGGGACAAAAACCGUGUUGCUUAGAAGCAGGGACUUAACAGUGGAUCAAGGAUUGGAUUUUGUUGCAACCUUGAAUUCUGCUAGGCUGUUAUCUGGUGACUUACCUGAAGCAGUUACGGCACAUAUGCAGAAACGGAAACCAGUUUUUUCAAAGCUCUAAUUCCAACCGACCGGAAUAGGAUGAUGUAUUUGCUAUUUUUGGUGUUAUUAUUGAUCUUCUCUAAGACAUACAAAUAAGACAGACAUUUGCUUGCUUCUUUUACUACUUGCUUGCAUGCCAAGAAAUAAAAAUCAUCAAGUACUGUUAUUCAUUCUUUGCUAUUCUCAUUACCUUAUUUGUACUGUAUAGUAAAUUAUUAUAUUCUAUUAUAUGUGUUGAUGUGA